AUGGGCUGUGCUUCAAGCAUUCAUAUCUCCGAUAGGGUGGUCUAUCAAAGUGGAAAGGAAUCAGACGAUUCCCAGCAGACCAAUACCACUCCUGCCCCAGGACUUCUGAUCAAACCCAACACUGUCAAGCCCACCUCCAGUACUCCAGUACCCCCCAACAGCCCUCCUCCAGUGCCUCCCCAACAGCCCACCUCCAGUACUCCAGUACCCCCCCAACAGCCCUCCUCCAGUACCCCCCAACAGCCCUCCUCCAGUGCCUCCCCAACAGCCCACCUCCAGUACUCCACCCACCUCCAGUGCCCCCCCAACAGCCCACCUCCAGUGCCCCCCCAACAGCCCUCCUCCAGUACCCCCCAACAGCCCACCUCCAGUUCCCCCCCAACAGCCCUCCUCCAGUGCCCCCCCAACAGCCCACCUCCAGUGCCCCCCCAACAGCCCUCCUCCAGUAUCCCCCAACAGCCCACCUCCAGUCCUCCAGUACCCCCCAACAGCCCACCUCCAGUGCCCCCCCAACAGCCCACCUCCAGUGCCCCCCCAACAGCCCACCUCCAGUGCCCCCCCAACAGCCCACCUCCAGUGCCCCCCCAACAGCCCUCCUCCAGUACCCCCCAACAGCCCACCUCCAGUGCCCCCCCAACAGCCCUCCUCCAGUACCCCCCAACAGCCCACCUCCAGUGCCCCCCCAACAGCCCACCUCCAGUGCCCCCCCAACAGCCCACCUCCAAGUAG